AUGAGCGCGCUAAACGCCUUCCACGAGUCCCUCCCGUACAUUGAUGACGAGCCCACGCCCGCUGAGCGCGAAGCUGCCGAGUCGUUGAUCCGAGCCGAGCUGGCUACCUCUUCCCCAGCUCCGGCCCCAGCUUACAAAGAGCCUACCUUCUCCCCCCUUAUCGAAGCCGAACUCGAGCGCGUCGCGUCAAAACAGCCCCUCAAAGUCAUCGACCUCGAAAGGUACCAGACACAAGAGCCCUUUCCAGACUCUGGGCAGCCAAAGACAGCAGAGGAUCGCGAGCGCCUCGCCGACUCGCUGCGCAAGGCAUACACCUCCUACGCUUACCUCGAUGGUCGGGCUCAGAACCUGGGUCUGCUGGACAAAUAUGGCAAAAAUGCGUGGCUGAUCGGCAAUUGGGGCCUUGAGAACGAGCUCAAGGCUAUGGAACGGGAUCUUUCCGAGACCAAGCGUCAAAUCGAUAUUUUGACUGUUGCCAGGAGGAGGCAACAAGAAGAGGUUGCGGCUGAGAUGAAGGGAUUGGAGGAGACCUGGAAGAAGGGUGUCGGAAGGACACUGGAGACAGAAAUUGCUGUCGAACAGCUGAGAAGGGAGGUUUUGGAGGAAAUGAGAACAAGGGGCUGA